AUGGCGUUCAAUUUCGGUAAACAGAACUCCUCGGGGGGGUCAAAUGGUGGAUUGUUUGGAUCCGCUGGAACGUCCUCGAAUACUGGUUCAAGCGGCGGUCUCUUUGGAAAUGCUGGAGCAACCACAGGCGGCACUUCUUCAUCACCGUUUGGAGCCGCGGCCGCUUCCAAUCAGGGCUCGUCUAUAUUCGGUGCUGGAGCUGGUAGCGGCAGCAGUACUCCUAAAUUCAGCUUUGGUGGUGCGACAUCCUCACAAACACCCAACAAGCCGACAGAGUCGCCCGCGUCGGGGUCAUCGGGCACCGGACUGUUUGGCGGUGCCAGUAAACCUGGCGGUGGCCUCUUUGGAGCCGCUACAGCAACUCCUGCGUCUUCUGGCACGAACACACUCUUCGGCGGCCAGCCAUCCACUACUCCUGCUGGUCCUCCGCCGCAGGGAGGCGCUCCCGCACAAGGCCAAUCUCUGUUCGGGCAGCAAAAGUCUGGCGGCCUCUUCGGAUUAAAAACAACGUCGUCUGGGUCCGAUUCAACCCCCGCUACAUCGGCCCCGUCGCUUUUUGGAGGUGGCCAGUCUACCGGCAGCAGCUUGUUCAAAACUACUACGCAGGAGAGUACUCCAUCAUCUACUGCUACUAGCGGUAACUUAUUUUCCAAUCUCGGCGCAAACAAACCAGCUGAAUCAACAAAACCGACGACAACCGCAGAGAAUACCUCGAAGUCGCUGACUUCAAAUGCCCCUGCCUCGGGCACACAAACUCCCUCGCUAUUUGCGGCUCCAUCCUCUGGCACUGACGCAGCAUCUAAAAAUACCCAGACAACCACAUCUUCUGCUACACCCCAGAAGCCCCUUUUCUCUCUUGGUGGAGCAACAUCCUCCGCUACACCCUCUUUUACUCCUGCAGCUGCUCCUUCUGGCGGUCUGUUUGGGGGUCUGGGUACAUCAAAACCCGCGGAAACCUCGACGACGAAGCCUGCAGCCUCGACAGGGAGCCUGUUUAGCAAGCCCGCUGAGACAGCGACCACGCAAGCUCCAAGCACGUCUGCGGAAGCUACUACAAUCGGUACUGGCGCCAAGCCAGCGCUGACUGCGACAUCCGGACCUACUACGACCGCAACUGCAGCAACCUCCGGUACGAGUGGUACCACCACGGCCGGCGGUCCUGCUCUCGGCGCAUCGACCGCUGGUCCACCUCCACCGGCUCAAUCACGCCUUAAGAAUAAGACGAUGGAUGAAAUCAUUACUCGAUGGGCGACUGACUUAACCAAGUACCAGAAAGAAUUCCGGGAGCAAGCCGAGAAGGUUGCCGAGUGGGAUAGAAUGAUAGUCGAGAAUGGCAGCAGGGUUCAAAAACUGUAUGGCAGUACAGUGGACGCUGAACGUGCCACCCAGGAGAUCGAACGCCAGCUUGCCUCCGUUGAGGGGCAGCAAGACGAACUGAGCUCCUGGCUGGAUCGCUAUGAACGCGAAGUCGACGAGAUGAUGUCCAAGCAGGUUGGACCUGGCGAAAGUCUACAAGGGCCUGACCAGGAGCGUGAACGAACCUACAAACUUGCCGAGAAACUUUCCGAACGUCUAGACGACAUGGGCAGGGAUCUCUCCAGCAUGAUCGAGGAAGUCAACAACGCCUCGUCGACGCUCAGCAAAACAAACAAGGCUGACGAACCGAUUUCCCAAAUUGUUCGCAUCCUCAAUUCGCAUCUCUCUCAGUUGCAGACCAUCGAUAUGGGCACCACUGAACUCCAGACAAAGGUCGCCGCGGCGCAGAAGGCUGGGCAGAGCAUGUCAGCGCGCUUCGGGCAUGGACUCAGUAUGUCAGGGGCUGGAAGUGCAAAUGCUGCGGAUGACUUUUACCGUUCUUACAUGGGACGUCGGUAA